AUGCGGCGAGCGCAUGUCGCCGAUUCCGGCAGCCGGGUGCUGGUUACGAUGGACAGUUAUUACCGCAGCGGCACGCUCCUGGAUCACAAGGAAAAGGCGGAUGAGGCCGUGAAAACGGCGGCCGAGGAAGGCCAAGUCGUUGACAAGGUGUUGGUGUGGCGGCGUUACCCCGGCCAAUACCAUUCGGCGACCCCGAUGCAGGACGGGCGUGACUACUUCGUGGAUAAUGAAUUAAAGACCUACGCCGGCAGCAGGAUUGAGCCCGUGGCGCUGGCGGCCGAAGAACCGUUGUUCCUGAUGUACACUAGCGGCACGACCGGGCGUCCCAAAGGCUGCCAGCACAGCACCGGCGGCUACCUCUCAUACGUAGCGGGCACCUCCAAGUACGUGCAGGACAUUCACCCCGAGGACGUGUAUUGGUGCAUGGCGGACAUCGGCUGGAUCACCGGGCAUUCCUACAUUGUCUACGGUCCGUUGUCUCUGGCGGCCACCACCGUCAUGUACGAGGGCGUUCCCACCUAUCCCGACGCCGGGCGGGCUUGGCGUAUCGCCGAGCAAUUGGCGGUCAACAUUUUCCACACCGCCCCCACCACCAUCCGCAUGCUGCGCAAAGCCGGGCCCGACGAACCACAAAAAUACAAUUACCACUUCAAGCACAUGACCACCGUUGUCGCCAGAGCUGACGGCUAUUACCGCAUCCUGGGCCGCGUCGACGACGUGAUCAACGUUGCCGGUCACCGUUUGGGUACCAAGGAGCUUGAAUCCGCCGGCCUCACCGUCGAGGAAAUCGCCGAGGCGGCGGUUGUGCCGGUGGCGGACGACAUUCGCGGACGGGUGCCGGAUAUGUACGUGUCGUUGAAGCCUGGUUUUGACCCGGGCCCGGCUAUCGAAGCCAAGGUGACCCAAGCCAUUGAGACGAUCAUCGGCCAGAUCGCUCGGCCAAAGCACGUGUACAUCGUCCCGGACAUGCCCAAGACGCGUUCCGGAAAGAUCAUGCGCCGGGUGCUGGCGGCGAUUUCGAAUACCAUGGAUAUUGGUGACGUGACGACGCUGGCGAACCCCGAAGUGGUGGAGUCGGUCCGCCAAAUGGUCCAGGGAGAGAGCGUGGUGGUGACCCAGGAAGGCCCGGAAGACCUGAAACAUUUCGGCGAGGAGCCUUAA